GGUCCCCUCACCUUGAGUAGAGGUGGAAUGCAGCAGGAACAAGCAGAGGGUGGUCAGUGUUUGGGUUUUAGUUUCUUUGUUAGGCUGAUUACUAGGGUAAAAUCUGCACUGGGACGCCCUCCUGUUUAGGCGAGGAGAUUUCUAACCAUGGCACUGCCGUCCUUGCACAAAGUUUUGACUUUUACUCGAAACUAUUAAUAAAUGAACUAUCAAUAGAGAAUCAACAAAUGUUCUAAAGGAAAAAAACCUUUUGAUUUUGGCCAUGAAGAGCUCAGCUUUGUGGGUUAUAGUGGAAUGUGCCUGUAGAGUUCUUGGCAUCUCGACUGCUGCAGUGCUUUGUGCAGUGGGUGUAGAAACUCAGAGACAGGGGGAGUUCAACAGCUUGGCUGUCUAUCUCCUGCUCUCCUCGGUGGUGAUCAUGAUUUUUGAAGUUGCCUAUUUCAUUGACGCUCUGUUGGCAAUGUGCCUUCCUUGUCCACCCACGUGGAAGAUUUUCAUUCUUUGGAAGAAGAUGGCCAAUGUUGGGGGUUUUCAGAAGUUUCUGUACUACACAAUGAUGUCUUUGAUGUGUUUCCUGCAUCCAGUGCUUGUAUGGCAUGCUGUAAUACCAGGAAUUAUGCUGGUAGUGAGUGGAUUCUUUAACUUCAUACUGAGCAAAAAGAAAAAGUCAGAUCCGCCUAAAGAGUCCACGUCGUCGUACAGAGACCCGGCUCUGUCUUCUGACUGUGUAACAGACAGGGAGGACGCUGAACACUCAUUCUCUUUCUUCCACAUCAUUUCAGGCAAAAGAGCAUCUUUUUUUCCUAGCAAUAGCCGACUGCAUGGCCCCACAGACAGGUCUCAGACAGUGAAGAAUACCCAACGCAAGAACAGAAGAACAGACGAAAAUGUGCACUUCAUUGAGAGUCUCAGACAUAAUGAUACUGAACUGGAAGAAUACCAUGAAGUGGAACCAGAGGAUACCACAUCAGAUAAAGCACCAAUGAUUAGACUGUAAACGUGAGAGAUCAUAGUGUUAUAAAUCAUUUUAGGCAUGAGGUGCUAGUUAAGACGUUAUAAAUACCUCUACUCAAAAUCUGACCAAUUAUUCAAAGAAUUAAAAUUAUUUUUCUUUAUGUUCACUUAUUUGUGUGAUGGCAAAGCUGAAUUUUCAGCAGCCAUUACUCCAGUCUUCAGUGUCACAUGAUCCUUAAGAAAUCAUUCUAAUAUGGUGAAUUGUUGCUCAAGUAACAUUUAUUAUUAUCAGUGUUGAAACAUUGAAAAUGUUGUUCUGUGCAUUUUUGUGGAAACCAUGGUUUUUUUUUUUUCACAUGACUAAUGGAUAAAGUUUAAAAGAAUAACAUUUAUUUGAAACAAAUAGCAUUUUUUUUAAAAACAAUAUAAAAUGCUUUAAUGUCCCUUUUGGUCAAAUUUAAUGCAUCCUUGCUGAACAAUGAACAAAAAAUUAUUUUUUUACAUUUUUUUUUUUUUUUUUAACCAAAUGGCAAUCAUCUCUAUUGUAAAACAAUCAGCAGCAGAUCAAAAGCAAAUACACUGUAAAAAUAUUGAGUAACCUAAAAAAAAUCUUUAUGUAGUGACAUCUAAAUUAGCUGGUUUUAUUAAAGUGCAAUGUAAUAUCACUGAAUCAACCUGAAUCAUUUUUUUUAAAUAUAUGCUCACAGUCUUUAACAUCUUUCUUUUACAAGACUGAGCUCCUGAAACAACCUUUAAACACUGUCAGCCAAAGAGUUGCUUUUUAUUCCAGUCUGUAACCUUAAGCCUGGAUCUCCUGCAUCCAGUCUCCAUACGUCAAUACAAUUAAGAGAAUCCAUUCAUCAUACUGACCCAGACGAGAGGGUUUUCAGCCUAAAGACUGGACAGCAACCCCCCAGGCGUUAUUCCUCUCCAUUAACCUGUAUAGAUGACUUCAACAUCCUGAAUACUUGAGUAUACUGCGUUCAUGUGUGUUGUUCUUUGUGUGCUUCAUGGAAAAAUAUUCAAUUACACAGUAAAUAAAUUCUUUGCACUUA